CGAUGGGGAGUCUCAGCGACCAUGGGGGGCACCAUCCACUAGAGGUCAGGCUGAAGGAGACAGUGGAACUCUACAAGCUCCAGAUAUGGGGGAAGAGGAGAUACAGGAAGCCAUCAAGGGAUUCUGGGUCACCCGCCCUUCCUCCUCCACCAUCUACUUGCUCUUCGUCAUCUUCGUGGUGUCUGUCAUCUUCCACUGCCACCAGCGCCUGGCUCUAGUGCCCUCCCCCUGGGCAUACUCAGCCCACGUGGUCCUGGUCCCCACACAUCUUGCCCGGGAGGGGCUGUUCACCAUCAACUCCAAAGGCCGCCUGGGGAACCAGAUGGGCGAGUACGCCACGCUGUACGCCCUGGCCAAGAUGAACGGGCGGCCCGCCUUCAUCCCGCCCCAGAUGCACAGCACCCUGGCCCCCAUCUUCAGAAUCAGCCUCCCGGUGCUGCACAGCGCCACGGCGAGCCGGAUCUCCUGGCAGAACUACCACCUGAACGACUGGAUGGAAGAGGAGUACCGCCACAUCCCGGGCAAGUACGUGCGCCUCACGGGCUACCCCUGCUCCUGGACCUUCUACCACCACCUGCGCCACGAGAUCCUGCAGGAGUUCACCCUGCACGACCACGUGCGCGAGGAGGCCCAGACGUUCCUCCAGGCCCUGCAGGCCAAGUGGGCUUGGCAGGUGACUUUCGUGGGGGUCCACGUGCGCCGGGGGGACUAUGUCCGAGUCAUGCCGAAGGUGUGGAAGGGCGUGCUAGCUGACCGGGGCUACCUGCGGCAGGCCAUGGACUGGUUCCGGGCCCGCUACCACACCCCAGUCUUCGUGGUCACCAGCGAUGACAUGGCCUGGUGCCGGGAGAGCAUCAGUAGCUCCCUCGGGGAUGUGACGUUUGCAGGCAAUGGCAUUCAAGGCUCGCCGGCCAAGGACUUUGCACUGCUCACGCAGUGUAACCACAGCAUCAUCACUGUGGGCACUUUUGGGAUCUGGGCUGCCUACCUGGCGGGCGGGAACACUGUCUACCUGGCCAACUUCACCCUGCCCGGCUCCCCCUUCCACAUGGUCUUCAGGCCACAAGCGGCCUUCCUGCCAGAGUGGGUGGGCAUCGCCGCUGACCUUGCACAGGCCCCACAGAACGGCCCCUAGCCCUGCGCACAUCCCUCCCUCAUCGUCAGAGCUCUCAAAGCAGCAGUAGCACGUGUCAAGGCAGUGCAUGGACUCAGGAUCCCACACGCAGUUUGAAUCCAGGCUUAUCUACUUUGUAGCUGAGGGACGUUGGACAAGGGACCUAACCUCUCUGUGCCUUA